UGGUGUGAACAUCUGAAACAAGACCUCAUCAUGAGCAACAAGGUUCCUCCUCAGGCCAGAGCCUCAGAUUUGGAGGUGAUUUCAGCUCAAGUGGACGAGGAGCCCCAGCGCCUGGCUCCCGUCCCUCUGGUCGGUUUCGCCUACAGAGACCUGCCCCUGGACAUGUCCCUGGCCGGCUCCCAGCUCAUCUCCAACCCGGACGAGGACGACAACAGAGACGGGUCAGACUGGCUGAAGCCGUGCUGUGGGCACCGUGCCGCCCUGUGGCAGGUCUGUCUCCUCUCCGCGGGCUUUAACUGUUUCCUGGUCUUCUGUGUGGUCGUGGUGGUGCUGCUCCUCACUCUGGAGCUGCUCAUAGACACCAUGUUACUGCAAUUUAAUAACGCGGUGCAGUUCGCCUGUGUUAUCCAUUGGAUCAGUCUGGCCAUUCUGUCUGUCUUCUUCACUGAGACGGUGUUCCGCAUCGUGGUGCUGGGAAUAUGGGAUUACAUAGAGAACAAAGUGGAGGUGUUUGAUGGAGCGGUCAUCGUUCUGUCCCUCGCGCCCAUGGUCGCCUCCACGGUGGCGAACGGCCCCAGCAGCCCCUGGGACGCCAUCGGCCUCAUCGUGACCCUGCGCAUCUGGAGGGUCAAGAGGAUCAUCGACGCUUAUGUACUGCAGGUGAAAGUGGAGCUGGAGCUGGAGAUCCAGCAGUUCGAGAAGGCCAAAGCCAUUCGAGAGGAGCAGCUGGAGCGGCUCACUCACAUCUGUCAGGAGCAGGCCUUUGAGAUCCGUCAGCUGAGGGCGCACCUGGCGCAGCAGGACCUGGACCUGUCGGCCGAGCGGGAGGUGGCGCUGCAGAUGACCCGAAUGUGGGGCAAACGCAACAGCAGCUUCCAGGAGGUGGACGGGCUGGAGCCGAGGGGGCCGAACAGGACACGAGAGCCGGGGGAGGCCACAGAUCACAGUGGUCAAGACGACAUGAAUAAUUACAUCAGCCAGUACUACAGUGAACCCAGCAGCGACAUGGGCAUCCCAGACCCAGCCGCCCGCGUCAUCACCACAGCAGCCAUCGACGUGCACCUGCCCACCAACCCCAGCCAGCUGCCCUCCACCCUGGUGAGCGCAGAGGGCGUGAGCUCGGGCCGCCUCCAGGCCACAGAGAGCUCCGUGAGCGAGGGCUCCAGCAUCGACCUCAGCUCCACCGUGAGAGAAGCGUCCACCUCCACGGACUACCCCCCUCCCUACAGCAGCCCUCUGGUCCGGGGCAGUCCCAGCGCCGUGGUGCAGGAGCUGCUCUCGUCGCUCUCCGAACACUCGUGUCUAACUCAGAAAGGCCUCGAUCCCGUCAACCUCAAACCUCCCAGUCCCACAGGCUCCAACAAAAGCAGCCCCGAGCUAGAACACAGGCUGAACAUCUACAACAAGAACCAGGAGAGGGCGCUGCACGGGAAAGCGCUCAUCCAGCUUCAGAGCAACGAGCCGUUAGUGGAUGAGAAGCGCAGACUGAUGGAGCCCGUGCAGACCUCGCUGAAGCGCCUCUCGAAGACAUGACCCCUGGGCUGGUGUCGCGUAGAAGCAUGGAGCUUUUAGAGCAUCCUGGGUCUAACCUGCACUG